AUUUACUUCUUAAUUGAUUUACAGAUCAGGUUCUUCCAGAACUCUUUGCAAGGUCUGGCGUGAGUAAUGCACUGCUGCUAGUCUCUGGGAAAAUAUACUGUAGACAUUUCCCGUUGAAGAUUAAUGCCAAACUGGCACACCUGAUCAGUUUCUUCAGGAGCCGGUUAAACCGUCUGCAGAAUGACAUCAUAGAUGCUUUAGAAAACAAGCAGUAUGGUGCAGCUGUUUUCUUUUUAUUGAUUUGUCAUCCUAAUGAACAGGCCGCCACCUUCGAAAAACCUGUAUUAGUGUCAAUGGGAGUUUCUCAAUGUUCUGUUGUAUUGCCGUGCAACUCGCGUUGUCACGUCCCGUGCCAUUCUGUGUUGUGAAUGGCAAUACAGAGGUGAGAGUAAUGGUUUUGGUGGGUUUCUGGCUUAGACAGGCGUCACACUGUCAACGCCGAUGCCAGGUCAAUGCUCGUAGUGUGUCUGCACCCGAACUGAACACUGCGUGAACCACUGUGACUUUUAAUAGCGUGUAACUUAACAUGCCCUUUAACCUUCAUUCAAAAACGUAGUUUGCCCUUCCAUGUGGUCACACCGACCUGGACGUCACACUGGACACGAGCACCUUCUAAACCACCGGAAUGUUGCUGACCGUCUGCUGUUCGCAAUUGGUUAAUCGGCACCCUAGUUGUAAUGUCACACUGGUCUCUCCGGGUACACACGGGAGACCACAAAGGGGCAAAACACAGCUAAAGUCUGGCGAACAUUCCUCUUAGCCCGGAGACAGCCCAGGACCAGGAGCGGCGUAUCCGUCGGGAGAUCGCCAACAGCAACGAGCGGCGCCGCAUGCAGAGCAUCAAUGCGGGGUUCCAGUCCCUGAAGACCCUCCUGCCGCACACGGAUGGAGAGAAACUGAGCAAGGCUGCCAUCCUGCAGCAGACGUCCGACUACAUCUUUGCUCUGGAGCAGGAGAAGACCCAGCUGCUGCAGCAGAACAACCAGCUCAAACGCUUCAUACAGGAAUUCAGUGGUUCCUCCCCUAAGAGGAGGCGCGGGGCAGAGGAAAAGGAUGAAGGGAUUGGUUCCCCAGACAUCCUGGAGGAGGAGAAGGGAGAGGAGCUGAGGAGAGAGAUUUUGGAGCUGAGGCAACAGCUGGACAAGGAGCGCUCAGCGAGGAUGUUACUGGAGGAGCAGGUUCGUUCUCUGGACACUGCACUUCACCCAGAGAGGCUGAAGGUCAUCACUCAGCAGGUCCAGGAGGAGCAGGCCCACAUACAGACACAGACAUUACUGAGGUUACAGCAGCUCCAUGAACACACCGCCGAGAGGGACCGACACAGCCCACAGGUGAGGUCCUCUGCCACGCCCCCGGCCCCCACCCACCACCCCACAGUCAUCGUCCCCGCGCCCACGCUAACCCCACACCAUGUCACCGUGGUGACCAUGAGCCCCGCCUCCAACACCAGCACAGUGUCAACGUCCCGGCAGAACCUGGAUACCAUCGUACAGGCCAUCCAGCACAUAGAGCGCACGCAGGAGAGGAGGGGCAGCGCAGAGGAGGAGAGGAGACGAGCAGUCAUCGUCAGCCCCGCCCACGUCUCCAUGGAUACGGCCGGCUCCGACACGGCCUCUGACAGUGAGGCAGAGGAGGACUGCUCCAUGAACUGAAUCAUGGGCGAGUCGCCCUACGGAGUUGUGUUCACGUUGUGACGGCCAGGCAGCUGGAACCAAGGCGGAUUCAUGAACCUUUCGCUGCCACAUGAAUAUAAAAACUCACUCUCUCACACACACACACACACACACACAUCCCCCGACACACGUAGACCGCCGUCUCUCCAGUCAGUUUGACACUGCAGGGAUAGUGUGUUUGAUGAACUGAUUGCUGACACACACACACACACACACACACACCUUUCAAACGCACAGGUCAAUACUCAGACACACAUCAACGCAGCCUUGUCUGGUAGAGAAAGACGAGUACUCCCCCUCCCCCCCCGUUCUAGCGAGAUCCAAAUUAAAUCUCAAAUCGGUUACGAUGCCAACCCACUGUAAAAGACUAAACACAAUGUUUCCCUCCAGGCGCCGACUGCUUUUCCCAUAGAAAUGUUUUCAUUUGCUCUUUAUACAUUGUUCAUUUUCUCUGUCUUUGGCAUUAUGAGGAAUCUCGACCCUCCCGGUAGGUGCUGAGCUCUGGUAACGUCUCCGAUGAGGACCUCUUCCUGUAGGGACAUGGGUACCCGGGCAUUAGUCUCAAACGGCACCCUGUCGUCUCUGUGGUGCCCUGUUUUUACCCGCACCUAUAGGGCUACCACACAGGCCAAGAAGUGCGCUCGUGUUGCCAUUUGGGAUGCAGGAGUCUCUGUGGUGAUGGUCUCCGUGUUGAUGGUCUCUGCCCCUGCCCCGUUUUGUACGGUUGCUUCAAACAAUCACCUACACUUGUAACGACCCGUGUAACGGUAUUCCAAGUACCACGCCGUUACCUGUGCAACGGAGAAUGUACUUCCUUACCAGUUAAAACCAGUUUGAGUAAGCCAGAACCUCCCUGGUGCCCGCUGUGGGCAUUUGGACUCCGCCGUCAGAGGCCAGGACAAAGGGGUGCACUUGUAAAAUUACCCUUUGGCCGCCAUCACCGAUCCGUCUGGUGUGGUCAUGGCAACGUGUCACAAGACGACGGUCAGCGGCAGGUUGGGAGAUUGACCGCUGUUUGACCCGGUCCCGCUGUUCAAGUGAAUGAAAGCUACAGAAUAAGCUGGUCCACUGGUUCUGUUGGGUCGCGGGUGGAAGCAGACAGUGGACCAUUCUCAGAAGUUUUAAAGUUGUGAUUCUCUUAAAGAAAAUGUUUCUUUUCUUCAGCGCCAGUCAGAGUUACUGAAUGUAGAUGGCAGAUUUGUGCUCAUUAUUUGUCACGGCGUUCUCAGCUCAAUCCUAUGUUUUAAGAUUUGUUUUCUUUCAGUGACUAUGCACUAAACAUUUUAGGUAUUUAUGCAAUUCCAAGCUACAGUAAGUGUUUGACAUGUGGGCUUAGUGUUGAUUAUUGGGUACAACAAAAAAGUAAUAUUGGGUGAAAGAUAUUUGGGUGAUGAUAUAUAUUUUUUAAUCUAUGCACCUCCCAACAAGAGAGAACGUGAGAACAACAUUCAUAUAGUUUGGCGUCGGGUGUCAUGCUGGUCUUAUACAUACAGUACAUUAUAGAAUGCUGUACCUUCUGCUGACGGUGCUUGUGGAGAGCAUACACCCCCGGGACCUGGGGGGUUUCCACAGCACCUGGGCGCACGUCCUUACCUGAACGGCGACGCUCGGGGAACACAGACAAGCACUGAACCAGAAAUAUGCCCCGCCCCCUCGCCCCCCAUAACCUGAUAUGUCGUUUGGGAACGGGACUGGAAUUCCUGUUUUGUUUAUUUCCCAUGAUGGAAGUCCAAGGUUUCUCCGAUAUGAUCUUAAGGGUCUGCCCUGACCGAACUACACUCCACGGUUGGCGUCCAGAGCUUUUCCCGGUCAGAUGUCGCAAUCACACGGGAAAACCCCUGGUCCCCCCCCCCCCCCACCAUGCUAAUGUGAUGCUGUAAAAACAUUCCUUUCAUAUGAACUCGUUUUGUUCGUUUUUUUUGUAUUGUAUCCUUUGUUCAUGCUUUAUUGCCAAUUGAUACUGUUGAUUUAUGUCUGUUCUUUCCCCGGUUUGAGUAGUUCGUGCUGCCUUUGUCACUAAGCCCACCCUAAAGACCAGGUAUGUCGAAUGUCAGUGCUCGUCGUACUGCUCGAUGAGUUCAGCCGGUCCGUUGCCUCGGCUAGCUGGGACCCCACCUGAGACCCCCCCCCCCCCCCCAUGUCAGAUGUACUGGUUACAAAAUAAUUGCCAGUUUAGCCUGGUCCCAGACCUGUUCGUGUUCUCGCCUUUUUAUUGUCAUGGCGGAGGAACUGGACCGGACGGUGACCUGGCUGUUAUCUAUUAAGUGUGUGACCUUCAAGCCGGGCUAGAAUAGUGUCUGUGUGCUGAUAGUAUGGUGGCUGAGUCCCAAACGGGAACCAAUGUCCCCUAGAUAGUGCACUCAGUUUUGAGCAGGGCCCUGGUCAUACUUAGGGCACUAUCUAGGGGGUAUUGUGCCGUUUGGGAAUAAAUAUCCUAUUCAUUGUCCUUUUUUGUUCGUUUUUCUUUCAGUAAAAAAAAAAAAAAAAAAAAGGUUUUUAUACAAAAGAUGUGUGUCAUAUUUCAGCACUGGUGUUAAAAAAGAAAAAGAAAAGAGAUGAUCUCUUAAUAAUCAAUCAUUAUCAAUAAUUAGAUAUUAUUGAUAUAAAGCACUUCCCAGUCUUUACUGCCUGAAUCGAGAAUGACAACAGUGACAAUGAAAUUGAUUUGGAUUAUUUUUACUGUGUUGAUUAAGCUCUUUUUUGCUGCGAUUUAAACCGAACAGCUGUGUUCAUAUCUCCUCUCUCUAACUCUGUCAUAUUCUCUGUCUAUCUCUCUGUUUCCUCCUUCUGUCACAUUUUUUUUUUAUUACAGACUUUUUUAUAUUUCGUUUCUGUUCAUGUCAGUCCAGGUUAAUGAGACGUUGUUAUAUUUUGUUUAAGAAAAAAAAACUUGUUGGGGGAAAAACAGGCCUUUGUAAAGAAAGACAAUAAAAUUUGUACUUUGUUUUUUAAUA